AUGCCGGAGCACCUCGACCCCUUCUGGGGCAGCGUCGGCGCCGCACUCGCCGCACCACGGGUGGUGGCGAACGCGCUGGUCGAUGGCGGACUACCUGGCCUGGAUGCCGCGGGCCUCAACGGGGCGUGGAGGCCACUGCUGUUUGGCUGCCUCUUCUACUGGACGUUGGCCAGGGUUCUGAUUAUGCAGGUCGUCAUCCCGAUGCGGUACGCGCGGGCUCAGGUGUAUGGCCAGAUUCAGCAGUCGUUGAGCGGGCUCAGCGCCUUCCGGCUGAACGUCGUGUACGUGCUGGGGAACAUUUUAAUGCUGAUCUUCUCCUUUCUCAUUCUGGCGCCCAUCGCAGUACUCGAUUCCUGGCUGAAGACCUGGCCGCUAAUGCUACCGGUGUGGCUCUAUCUGCACAACUGCAUCUGGACGCUCGGCGAGUACCUGAGCUCCUCCGAAACAGGCCCUGCACCGAAGCCACACCAGUGGCUCGGCCUGGUGACGCUCGCCUGGUUCCUGCUGGCGCUGGCCUGCGAACGGCCACGGGUGCCGUUCUUUGCCGAGGAUUUCGACCACGAAGAAAUGUUCAAGCAGGUGAUGAAGAAGGGCCCCUUUCAGGCACAGAUGGAGGAACAGCACGGCCUGCUGGCGCGGAGCGUCAGCUUCACCGCCCGCCCGCUGAUGCGGAGGCUCAGCACCCUCUUGAACGUGGAUGCCCAGGAUGUUGAGAGGAAGCGGGAGGUGUUGAGAUGUGGCAGCAUCGAGAGCCAUGGCGGCAAGGUCGGUGACAUGUACAAUCUGGGGCCCGUGGUCCGCGAGGACCUGCUCAAGAGCAGCCUUCAGUUUCUCCAGACGGCCUCGGUGGCACAGCUGCUGAGCAAGCACUUCACGGUCAGGUUCCAGGGCGAGGACGCCAUCGACGCGGGCGGCGUCACGAAGGACUGGUUCGACAGCCUGGCGAGAGAGCUCGCCAGCGGCAGCGAGCAGCACGAGCGCCGCAGGAGCAUCGACGACUUCUUCUCCUCCUCGCUCCUCGCCUGCGCCCCCGACGGCACCCUCCUGCCGCGGCCGAGCGGGUGCCUCGGCGCCGACUGCAGCGAGGCGCAGCGGGAGCAGCUGCGGGCGCGCUGGACGCAGCUUGCCGCCGUGGGGCGCUUCCUCGGCGUCGCGGUCCUGGAGCGCCGGCCCCUGCCGCUGUCCUUCGGGCAGGUGCUCAUGAAGCUCCUGUGCGAGAAGGCCGUGUCCUACAGCGACGUGCGCCACCUGGACAACGACUUCUACAGGCACCGCAUCAUCGGCCUCCUGCAGGAGGGCGGGGUGGAGAGGGCCAGCGCGGCCCUCGGCGAGCCGCUGACCUUCACGUCGGCCCCCACCGACCUGAUGCCCGACACGGUACCUCUGAAGGAGGGCGGCGGGGAGAUUCUCGUGACGGAGGAGAACAAGAUGGAGUACAUCGGACUGCUGUCGGAGGCCCGCAUCUGCGCUGGCCGCAGGCACGAACUCCAGUUCUUCGUCUCCGGGUUCCACGAGGUGAUCCCCGUGGGCGUCCUGAAGCAGGCUGCGGUCGGCCCCGCGGAGCUGUCCCUGCUGAUCUCGGGCGUGCACGAGUACGACGUGGCCGAGUGGAGGAGCUGCGCCAAGGAGACGGGCGACGAAAUUGUCCUGGGCUGGUUCUGGGAGGUGGUCGCGUCCUUCACCGAGGAGCAGCGCGCCCUCCUCUUGAACUUCAGCACCGGCAGCUCGCGGAUCCCGCCGGGGGGAUUCAGGGACAUGUCGCCCCAGUUCCAGGUGCAGGUGCUCGCCACGGACGAGAACCAAGACCGCCUGCCCAGCGCCCACACGUGCUUCAACCAGCUCGACCUUCCGAGGUACAGCUCCAGGGAGCUGCUCGCCGAGAAGCUCGCCCUGGCCAUCUCCCAGCCCGCCCGCUUCGGGCUGGCGUGA